CCGCUGCAGCUGGGAGAGGAGGAGUGGCGUCGAGGCUUUCGCUUGUAGGAGGGAGCUGUGUAUUAAAGACGGGACUUCCUGCCUGCUAGCUCACAAGAGUUCCUGUAGCUGAGAGUGGAAAGAAAGAGGGAUGGCAGAAAAUAGCUAUGACUCUAGCAGCUCCGGCUGCCGGAGGUGUGCCGUGCUCUCUCCCGGAGAACUGGCACAGACCCCCGGCGCCGGAGCCUCCAAGUGGGUCCGGUUAAACGUGGGGGGCACGUAUUUCUUGACGACCCGGCAGACACUGUGCCGAGACCCGAAGUCAUUCCUCUAUCGACUAUGUCAGGCCGACCCCGACCUCGACUCCGAUAAGGAUGAAACAGGUGCCUAUCUUAUAGACAGAGACCCCACGUAUUUUGGUCCAGUGCUAAAUUACUUGAGACAUGGGAAGCUGGUCUUCAACAAGGACUUGGCUGAAGAAGGAAUGUUGGAGGAGGCAGAAUUCUACAAUAUCACGUCACUAAUAAAACUAAUCAAAGACAAGAUCAGAGAAAGAGACUGCAAACCUUCACAGGUGCCCGUGAAGCAUGUUUACAGAGUUCUGCAGUGCCAGGAAGAAGAACUAACGCAGAUGGUCUCCACCAUGUCUGACGGCUGGAAGUUUGAGCAGCUUGUCAGUGUAGGUUCCCCGAUUGGCUUUGGGCGGGACCACCAGUCAGAGUUUCUGCUGAUUGUGUCGAGGGAAGUGAAGGGAGAGGAGCCCAGUGUCCAGAACAGCAGCGGCGAGCUGGUCAGUAUUGGUUCUUCCUAUACCUAUGGAAAUGAAGACCAGGCAGAGUUCUUGUGUGUGGUGUCCAAGGAGUUGCACAACACCGCCUAUGGCACAAACAGCGAGCCCAGUGAGAAAGCCAAGAUACUGCAAGAAAGGGGAUCAAGAAUGUGAAGCCGCAGUAUUGAAGACUUUCCUUCGAUUCCCAAGCAUAGAAAGAAAGCCAACACAUCACCACGCUGAAGAGCCUUUGGCACAGAUGAAAACUAUUUGGCUGAACAUUUAUUUAAUUUAAGUUUUGUAUAUAUACUCUACAGACAAAAAGGUUUAAAAGACUAAAU